AUGAAUAUUUUCAGUGACGAAUUACGCGAGUCUAAACAAGAGGUGCAAUCAACGCGUGCCAUCUUAGAAACACAAAAAACUCUGUGUGCAAAUCAGGAGAAAGAGAUAUGCAAAAGAAGACAGCAAUUGGAUGAAAGUGUUGAAGCACUGGAACAGAUGCGUGAAGAGUUGAAAGAGGCGAGGAAAAAAGCGAGUGGAUUGGACUGGAAGUUGAAGGAGCGAACUUUGAAAGAGCAAAUUGAAACCGAACGCUUGGAAUACACCAGAAAAAUAACCACAUUAGAAGCCAGAAUUAAAAUGGUUCAGUGCAUUUAUUAUUUGUUUUUCGGUAUUCACCGAUUCUUUAAAAAUUUCAUGAGGAAUUUUUUUUGA